AUGAAUGCACUCUUUGCUGAGGCGAUUGGUUCGUUUCGAGACAACGACAUGGCGCUGUUUGAGAAACUCGUCAAGCAGUAUCCUCAGUUACUCGAAAUUCGACGUCGAGGGCGUUCACUCCUCACCUAUGCGCUGCUUUACGAUCGACUACGCGUUAUGCAGAUUAUUCUAAAGAAAUUGCCUCGUUUUCUUGACAGUGAGGAGAAUGCAGAAUAUGUACUUCACUGGACUGUUCAAGCAGAUGCACGUAAAUGUUGCAAAUAUAUGCUUGGUUUGCCACGUCAGCCGUGUGAAACACCCUGGAUUAUGCUGAAAAACAGACGACAUAUCACACCGAUACAUCUUGCAGCGCGUUAUGGGCAUGUUAAAAUUUUAAAAGUAUCAUUUCUUAUUAUAUUAAAGUCAGAAAUUUAA